AUGGCAUGGCAACCAGCACCCGAGUCCUUGAGCCAGCUUGCGGCUUGUCUCAAGGACUCUCUUAGCGGCUUCAACAAGGCUGCUCAGAAGCAGGCUGAAAUCAUGCUCACACAAGCCAAGUCGUCGCCUGAUAUUAACAACUACCUCGUAUACCUCUUCUCGAGCACUGAACCUCCGGCUGGACUGCAAUGCUCUGCUGAAGACUAUCACCUCGUCCGGGCCGCUGCUGCCAUCAUGCUGAAGAACAAUGUCAAGACUGACUACAAGCAAAUUCCUGAAUCCAGUUUUACCCUGAUCAAGAUGGCCAUACCCAUGGUAUUGGAGGACAAGAACUCUCAAAUGCGCAACUAUGCUGGAAACAUUGCGACUGAAAUCAUUCGCAGAGGUGGCCUGCUUAGUUGGCCAGAGCUUUUACCGAAGCUGCUCGAGCUCAUUGGCAACGAGACCGGACAGGUUUCCCCGGAAGCGCAGGAGGGUGCCAUGAUUGCCAUGGCAAAGAUCUGUGAAGACAACACCAAGAUGCUCGAGCGUGAACUCAACGGCCAGCGACCGCUGAACUUCAUCCUGCCGAAGCUCAUCGAAGCUACCAAGAACCCAUUGCCCAGAGUUCGCGCCCAGGCCUUGACGGCGAUCAAUGUUUUCACGCCUCGAAAGUCUCAGGCUAUGCUGAACUCCAUUGACAGCCUUCUUCAACACCUAUUCACACUAGCAAGCGACACACAUCCCGAUGUUCGACGACAAGUAUGUAGAGCCUUCGUCCAGCUGGUUGAAACUCGUGCGGACAAGCUUCGGCCCCAUCUCUCUGGCCUGGUUGACUACAUCAUCAGCCAGCAGAAGAGUGAUGACGAGGAGUUGGCUUGUGACGCUGCCGAGUUCUGGCUGGCUGUGGGUGAGCACGAUUCUUUGUGGGAGAAUCUGACGCCGUACAUUGGAAAAAUUAUCCCCGUACUUCUUGAGUGUAUGGUAUACAGUCCCGAGGAUAUCGCAUUGCUUGGUGGCGCUUCCGACGAUGAAGACGAGGAGGAUAGGGAAGAGGACAUCAAGCCACAGUUUGCCAAGAAGCAGUCAGGAAGAAACGCCACUGAAGCUUCGGCAGAUGCAAACGAGAAUGGCAAUGCCUAUGAGAAGCUCGCCAACAUGGACGAUGAUCUGGAGGAUGGCGAAGUCGAGGAAGAUGAGGAUGGUAACGACGAGAACCCAGAUGAGCGAUGGACACUGCGAAAGUGCUCUGCUGCUGCCCUCGAUGUUUUUGCCAGAGAUUACCGCGCACCCGUCUUCGAGUCCAUCUUGCCUUACCUAACCAAGAACCUUAAGCAUGAGGACUGGCCUUACCGGGAGGCCGCCGUUUUGGCAUUGGGCGCUAUUGCCGAUGGCUGUAUCGAUGUCGUCACUCCUCAUCUACCCGACUUGGUCCCAUAUCUCAUCACGCUUCUCAACGAUCCCGAGCCCGUCGUCCGCCAGAUUACUUGUUGGACUCUCGGUCGUUACUCUUCAUGGGCAGCGCAACUUUCUGAUCCUGCUCAGAAACAGGCCUUCUUUGAGCCAAUGAUGGAGGGUAUUUUGAUGAAGAUGCUGGACAAGAACAAAAAGGUCCAGGAAGCAGGCGCAUCCGCCUUUGCCAACCUCGAAGAUAAGGCCGGCAAGAACAUCGAGCCGUACAGUGGGCCCAUUAUUCAGCAGUUUGUCCGCUGCUUUGCCAAGUACAAGGAUAGGAACAUGUUUAUCCUCUACGACUGUGUUCAAACCCUGGCUGAACACAUCGGACCAACACUAGCACGUCCCGAACUCGUCAACCAGCUGAUGCCGGCCUUGAUUGACAGAUGGCAAAAGGUACCGGACCAGUCGCGAGAGUUAUUCCCGCUACUCGAGUGUUUGUCUUAUGUGUCCAUGGCGCUCAAUGACGGAUUCACUCCCUACGCCCAACCCAUUUUCAACCGCUGCGUCAAAAUCAUACACGACAACCUUGAGGCCUCCAUAGCUUUGGCAAACAACCCCUCUGUCGAUGUACCCGAUAAGGAUUUCCUCGUUACCAGCUUGGAUCUUUUAAGUGCCAUUGUCCAGGCACUCGAACCGCAAAAGUCGGCUCAGCUUGUCAAGGAAUCUUCUUUGCCUGUGUUUGAACUGCUGGCCUUCUGCAUGGAGGAUCCCGCCGACGAAGUUCGCCAGUCAGCCUAUGCUCUACUUGGAGACUGCGCAAAAUACAUCUUUGGUGAGCUCGCCAACGCUUUGAACAACAUCCUCCCAGUGCUUCUCAAGCAGCUGGAUUUGAGCGAUAUUCUCGAUGAGGAGAUUGAGAGCGGUUUCAGCGUUGUGAACAAUGCAUGCUGGUCGGCUGGAGAAAUUGCUAUUCAGUGGAGAGAAGGAUUGGCACAGUUUGUGCCUGAAUUAUUCAGGCGCUUGGUGGACAUUAUCGUGGACCCCAACAUCCCCAAGAGUGUCAGCGAAAAUGCUGCCAUCGCGUUGGGUCGUCUCGGACUCGGCAACGCGGGCUUAUUGGCACCGCAAGUUGCGAAUUGGGCGGAGGAAUUCUUGAACGCAAUGGACGAGGUUGACCCGUCCGACGAAAAAGCAACUGCAUUUAGAGGAUUCACUGCGAUCGUCGAACAAAAUCCAAUGGCUAUGGAGAAGUCUCUCCUUCACUUUUUUACUUCGAUUGCGAGGUAUAGAGACCUGAAGCUGCGCAGCGAUGCCAAGCAUGGCCUGCACGAUGAUUUUCAAAAGAUCAUCAACGUCUACCGCGGACUCAUCCCCCAAUUCAACGAUUUUGUUCAUCAGAUGCAGCCUCAAGAUCAGCAGGCACUUGUUGCCAACUAUGGUAUAUAG